CUCAUGGAUCUGAUCCGGACAGAGGGCCGGAGGAUGACGGCAGCCCAGCCGUCUGAGACGACCGUGGGCAACAUGGUGCGGCGAGUGCUGAAGGUCAUUCGGGAAGAGUAUGGCAGGCUUCACGGGCGCAGUGAGGAAAGCGACCAGCAAGAAUCCCUGCACAAACUCCUGACUUCUGGAAGACUGAGCGAAGAUUUCAGCACCCCUUAUCCUCUCCUGAGAGCUAACGUUAUUGAAGCUAUUAACGAGCUGCUAAUAGAACUAGAGGGCACCACUGAUAACAUCGCUAUGCAGGCGCUGGAGCACAUCCACUCCAAUGAGGUGAUCAUGACCAUUGGCUACUCGCGCACCGUCGAGGCCUUCCUGAAGGAAGCUGCCCGCAAGCGGAAGUUCCAGGUGAUCGUGGCGGAGUGUGCGCCGUUCUGCCAGGGUCACGAAAUGGCUGUCCGACUAUCCAAAGAGAACAUUGAAACUACUGUCAUGAGCGAUGCAGCUAUUUUUGCCGUCAUGUCUCGAGUCAACAAGGUCAUCAUUGGUACAAAGACAAUCCUGGCCAACGGUGCCCUGAUUGCUGUGAGUGGGACUCACACCCUGGCACUGGCAGCUAAGCACCACUCCACUCCGCUCAUCGUGUGUGCCCCCAUGUUCAAGCUUUCGCCGCAGUUCCCUAAUGAAGAAGAUUCAUUCCACAAGUUUGUGUCACCACAGGAAGUGCUGCCAUUCACAGAAGGGGAGAUCCUGGCAAAGAUCAACGUUCACUGCCCAGUGUUUGACUACGUCCCUCCAGAGCUCAUCACUCUCUUCAUUUCUAACAUCGGGGGUAACGCACCUUCCUACAUCUACCGCCUCAUGAGUGAGCUCUACCAUCCAGAUGACUAUGAACUCUAAUGCCGUGAAGCACGUCACUCUCCAGACUCUUCCUGUCUUUCUCUUUAGAAAGAUAAAACAGCUAAUUAAAGUGUAUGAUGCAAACACAGGUCGCUGUGGGGAAUUUCCUCAGCGACGUCCUUCCUACCCAAAAGCAACAGAAGGCAGAGCUCUUGUACAGGUAUUGAUCUCUGUGCUGUGUCAGAAGCCACGUGGAGUUGCUAACCCACUUUGAUUUUGAAACAGCAAGGCAUGCAUGUAACUCUCUGGGGCAGCUAAGCUGUUACGUCAAAGUAUGCUGUAAUAAAGGGUGUUCACAGUGAUCUCACUGUUAAUCACA